CAAAACGCUUGGAUAACAACACACAACAUACACACUCUCUCAUAUCGCCUUUUCUUCUCUCAGAGACGACACCCAAACCCUAAAUUUCUCUCCUGUAUCUCUACAAUUCCUCUCUCCUGCUGCUUCCGUAGCUUCAAAGACCAAAACUUUCGUGUGUUAUCGGCAUCAAUGCCAUGUGUCGGAACAUGGAUACAUCCGCCGACAUGGUCCCGGUGUGUUCUGAUGAUCUAUAUGCGUAGUAUCUCGUUUUGCGUUCUGAUAGCCAUGGCUGUGAAAGUAGGAUGACUUCAGGUCCUAUGAAAUUGACGGGUUUGUAUCUUCCCAUAACCGGUACGGGUUUCAGGUGUUAAUCGUUUAUUUUGGGGUCUUUAUCCUGUCGGAUCUUGGGUUGUCGAAACCGGUCUUGGUGGAAUUGUGGUGGUCGAUAAGUGUAGAUAACAAAUCUUUUGAUUUAUUGGCUCAUGUUCUAUGCUUAGAAGCUCGAAUGUCUUCGGCAAUUAUGUGAUUUCGUGUAAUCGGGAUGUGGGUUUGUUCUUGGAAAAGUUGGAAGCUUUAAAUUAGAUGAGCCACCGGAAAAUUCCAGCAAUAGUCAGGAGCGCUUAUACAUUGAGUUCAAAGCUAUGUCGUUCAAGAGUCUUUUUCAGGACAUGAGAGAAGAGUUGGGCAGUAUUUCUAGAAAAGGGUUGGAUGUGAGAUUCGGGUAUGGGAUGAGAUCAAGGUCUCACCGAGUGGUUCAGGAUAGUUCGGUUACAGUUGAUGUUUUUAAGCAGAGCUGUUGGGCUAAUAUGCCGUCGGAGCUUCUGAGGGACAUCUUGAUGAGGAUUGAGGAAUCUGAAGAAAGUUGGCCCUCUAGAAAGAAUGUAGUUGCUUGCGCCGGUGUUUGUAGGAGCUGGCGAGAAACUGUGAAGGAGAUUGUGAAAGUUCCAGAAGUUUCGGGCAAGUUGACAUUUCCGAUUUCCCUUAAGCAGCCGGGUCCAAGGGGAUCACUUGUUCAAUGCUAUAUAAAGAGAAACCGUGGCAGCCAAACAUACUAUCUAUGUCUCGGGUUAAAUCAAGUUUCGAACGAUGAUGGGAAGUUCCUUCUUGCUGCAAAGAGGAUUCGGAGACCAACUUGUACCGAUUACGUCAUCUCACUAAAUUGUGAGGAUGCCUCAAAGGGAAGCAAUACCUAUAUCGGAAAGCUGAGAUCCAACUUUCUCCGGACCAAAUUCACCGUCUACGAUGCUCAGCCCUCUAAUCCUGGAGUUCGAGUAACCAGAAGCCGCUCGACCAGGCUUCUCAAUUCAAAACAAGUUAGCCCUAGAAUCCCCACUGUCAACUAUCCUGUAGCCCAUAUCUCAUAUGAGCUGAACGUCUUGGGUUCCAGAGGUCCGAGGAGGAUGCAAUGCACAAUGGACGGCAUCCCAGUUUCAGCCAUCAAACCUGGAGGAACAGCUCCCACUCAGACUGAACUUCUCCACAGCAACGUGGAUAAUUUCCCGUCGUCAUUUCCCUUCUUCAGAUCAAAAUCAACUCGCUUGGAGGGUUUCCCUUCACCUGCGCAAAAAGAUGGAUUGCUGGUCUUGAAGAACAAAGCGCCAAGGUGGCACGAACAGCUCCAAUGCUGGUGCCUCAACUUCAACGGGCGAGUCAGCGUUGCUUCAGUCAAAAACUUUCAGCUCGUGGCUGCUCCAGAGAACGGGCCAGCAGGACCAGAGCACGAGAACGUGAUUCUCCAGUUUGGGAAAGUUGGGAAAGACGUGUUCACAAUGGAUUACCAGUAUCCCAUCUCUGCGUUCCAGGCAUUCGCCAUUUGCCUUAGCAGCUUCGACACCAAGAUAGCCUGCGAAUGAGAAUGACCCAUCUGGCAAAAUUUGAUCUUUCUUUUCCUGCUGCAAGAAUUCGUAUAAAGGGUUGUAGCUUUUUCAUUUGUUUGGUCUGAGAUUUCUGGUUUCCGGGUAGGAGAAGGGUAUGGAAGGUGAGAUUGGUUUUGAGAGGGUUCGUGGGCUGUACAUAGUGACUGUUCAUGUUAGGGGAGAUGGGCUUUGUUCCCUUUCGCAGUAAACUAAACCCUGAUGUUUGAUGUUGGUUCAGAUGCUUCUUUUCUGUUUACUUCCGGUUUCUUUAUU